UCUGGGGAACUAGUCACUCAGCUAGCAGCUCCUCCUUUCUUGCCUUAGUCUCCAGUCCUCCAGUGUUCACAGGUGAGCUCACCAACGGCCACUGCUCACAAUGGAGGCCAUCAAGAAAAAGAUGCAGAUGCUGAAGUUGGACAAGGAGAAUGCUCUGGAUCGGGCAGAGCAAGCUGAAGCUGAGCAGAAGCAGGCAGAAGAACGAAGUAAACAGCUGGAAGAUGAGCUGGCAGCCAUGCAGAAGAAGCUGAAGGGGACAGAAGAUGAGCUGGACAAGUAUUCUGAAGCUUUGAAGGAUGCCCAGGAGAAGCUGGAGCUGGCAGAGAAGAAAGCAGCCGAUGCUGAGGCUGAGGUGGCCUCCUUGAACCGUAGGAUCCAGCUGGUUGAAGAGGAGCUGGACCGCGCUCAAGAGCGCCUGGCCACUGCCCUGCAAAAGCUGGAGGAAGCCGAGAAAGCUGCUGAUGAGAGUGAGAGAGGUAUGAAGGUUAUUGAAAACCGAGCCUUAAAAGAUGAAGAAAAAAUGGAACUCCAGGAAAUCCAGCUCAAAGAAGCUAAGCACAUUGCAGAAGAGGCAGAUAGGAAGUAUGAAGAGGUGGCUCGUAAGCUGGUGAUUAUUGAGGGAGACUUGGAACGCACAGAGGAACGAGCUGAGCUGGCAGAGUCCCGUUGCCGAGAGAUGGAUGAGCAGAUCAGACUGAUGGACCAGAACCUGAAGUGUCUGAGUGCUGCUGAAGAAAAGUACUCUCAAAAAGAAGAUAAAUAUGAGGAAGAGAUAAAGAUUCUUACUGAUAAACUCAAGGAGGCAGAGACCCGUGCUGAGUUUGCUGAGAGAUCAGUAGCCAAGCUGGAAAAGACAAUUGAUGAUUUGGAAGAUGAGCUCUAUGCCCAGAAACUGAAGUACAAGGCCAUUAGCGAGGAGCUGGACCACGCCCUCAAUGACAUGACCUCUAUAUAAGCUGAAAUGCACCAAAGAGGAGCACCUCUGUACACAAAGGAUGCUGGACCAGACUCUGCUUGACCUGAAUGAGAUGUAGAGCACCCCAGUCCCGCCCUGCUGCUGCUCCUCCCUCUGACCCUGACUCCGCCUGAGGCCAGCCUGCCCGAAGCUGACCUUUAAACUGAGGGCUGAUCUUUAACUGGAAGGCUGCUUUCUCCUUUCGCCACCUUUCCCACCCCUACCCCUGUGUCCUUUUCACCAAACUGUCUCUGCCUCUCCCCAGAGAUUCCAGUUGGGCUAGAGGCUGAGCACCUUUGGGAACAACAUUUAAGGGAAUGUGAGCACAAUGUAAAGUGUCUUUAAAAGCAUGUUGUGAUGUACACAUUUUGUAAUUACCUUUUUUGUUGUUGUUGAUAUAGUAACCGUUUGUAAAACAUUCCAGAUAAUUCCCCGUUCUGAAGCAGCAGUCUAAUCCCUUUCUCACUUUUGAAAGGUAACAUCUCAGCUUAAUGCAUCUUGCCCUCUCCAUAGAGGAGGGAAAAAAGGUAUGGGCUUGCCUUACUGAGAGCUAAACAGCCCAGAGAAAGAUUCCAUUACAGGAAACCUCAUUGCUCUGUAAAAAGUACCCACCAAACCAGAAAGGUGAUUCCAGGAGGAGCUAGCCAGAAAAAAAAAAAAAAAGGGCUGUUCAGGUUUUCAGCUUUACGGUAUCUUUGGGCAACUUUAUUUUUAUUUUUUUCAUCAGAAGUGACCAAACAAGAUAGUGAGACCUCUGUCUGAGACCAAAUCCUUGUCCCAUCUCUACCCUGUUCCCAGCUGCUCACAGGAUCAUCUGCCCCUUAUGUUGAGGUGACCACUUACUUGCUAUUCUGCCUCCUUGAAAGACAAAACAGAAAAUCAGUUUUGCCACUAAUUUAGCCAUAUGAAACAUCUCAUCACCCUUUCCUGGGUCUGAAGCUGCUGUCUCUAAAAGUGCCAUCUCAUUGUGCUUUGUAUCAGUUAGUGCUGGAGAAAUCUUGAAUAGCGUAUGUACAAAACUGUUUUUAAAUUUUAUAUUAUUUUGAAACUUUGCUUCUUUGGGGUUGGGGCACACCGGUCACCCUUUCUGGCUGUGAGAGCUCUCAACAGUCUGUGGACUGGCAGUGUGCUGAUCUUUUAAAGUUUCUUUCCCUACCCAAUCCCCCCUUUCUGGUGAGGUUUCAGUGAGGUCUGUUAGGUGUGCAUCCUGCAGCUUAAUUGGCUUAAAGUGUACUCUCCUUUGGUGUGGUCUCUUUGGGAGCCAAUUGGAAGAAAGAGAAACCAAUAGUGUAACUGUUUUGAUACUGAAAAUUGAUAAGUGUCUUUUUGAAAUAAAGAACCAGUCCCUCCAAUGCUGA